AAAUGCAGUUCGUCCCUCUUAAAACCUGUACGUUUCAUCACAUGACCCGUCCUGCAGCAACACCUGAGUCCUCCAGUAUCCCAGCGUGCAGUGGGAGACUGGUCCUCCAGCAUCCCAACGUGCUGCGGGAGACUGGUCCUCCAGCAUCCCAGCGUGCUGCGGGAGACUGGUCCUCCAGCAUCCCAGCGUGCAGUGGGAGACUGGUCCUCCAGCAUCCCAGCGUGCAGCGGGAUACAGGUCCUCCAGCGUGCAGCGGGAAGGUUAUCGGCGCCCGGCCUAGAUUCAGGGCUCUCCGAUGCGGGUUAUGUGAGAAACCCGCGGUCGGGGGGACCCGGGUGAUGGCCAGUGGACGGACUGCGGCCCGGGGAGGGAGUGCCACUGAAAAUUGUGCGUCCAUCUCAAAAUGGAAGAGCGUUUUGUCCAGAGUGGGUUCCUCCCUGUCCAGCCUGUGCCCCCUGGACAUGUUUCAAAGAGCUCAGAAGAAGUCUGCACUACCACGGAAGAUCCUCAGGGAUCGGGCCCAGUCCAACAUCUCCAGAAACACGGAGUGGCCGUUCCCCCAAUUCAUCUCUCUCUUCUUUCCAGUAUUCACCUUCCGAUCACAGCGGCUGGAGCAGGAAUUCCAGGACAUUGAGCUCAUCACCAAAGGCUCCAUUGGACCGAUUCUGAAAGUCUGUAAAAGGACCGAUGAGCAGACCUACGCUCUCAAGGUACUGCUGAAGACAGAAAUACUUCGACAGCAAAUGCUGCAGCAGUGUAAAGAGGGAGUCACUCUUCAGAAGCAGGUCCACCAUCCGUUUGUCCAGGGCUUACGGGAAUGCUGGCAGACCUCACGCCUACUCUUCAUUAUGUUUGAUUACCACAGCGCUGGAGAUCUCAACAUGCUCUGGAGAGGCUGUCACCCACUGGAAGAGGACACAGUGCGAGUGUUUGCAGCCGAGUUAGGUUCCGCUAUCGGAUUCCUCCACGAUUUCGGUGUUAUUCACCGGGAUGUGAAGAUGGAGAAUGUUCUUCUGAAUGAACGAGGUCACCUCAAGUUGACGGAUUUUGGCUUUAGCCGCAGACUGUGUCGGGGAGAGAGGGCUUACACCAUCUGUGGAACCAUGCAGUACAUGGCUCCUGAGGUAUUACAGGGUGGUCCGUACGGCCAUGCAGCUGACUGGUGGUCCCUCGGAGUCCUCCUCUUCGCUCUGCUCAUUGGCAAGUUUCCAGUUGAGCCACAGUGUGAUCACACCUCGAUGCUGCUGAGUGUGGAGCGCACAGACAUGAAGCCACCAUCCUGCGUUGUCAGCCAGGCCCUCAGUUUCCUGCUCACAGAGGUAGGUCACACUCACCACCAUCUUCCUUUGGUAAUCCUCCUCUUCCAUUCUCAGUGCAGACCCAGCCCUCACGGUGAUCCCCUCUCCUCUCCCAGUCUCCCAUCCACUGCACCCUGUGUGUCACUGACACCCCCUCUGGCUCUGACCCUCACUCAAAGCAAGAGCAGGGCAACAGAACACUGGCAGCUGGCUCACUGAAUCAGUGUUUUCCCUGGCUGUGGGGAGGGUGAAAUAUAAACGAGAGGAAUUCUGUCUGCACCGCCCCUCCAGCUGAAUUGCCUGCUGGUGCCCUCGACGGUAUCACACAGCUGCUCCAUAUGGUGAGGACUGGUCAGGGAGGGGGAGGAGAGAAGGUG